AUGCGUGCCGCAGGGGAAGGCUACAACCAGGCCGCAGCUAUUGAGAUCAAAGCCAACGAAAUACACUUCAACACGACCGACAUCAGCAAAUCCGAAGACCUGUUCAAAGUGCUGAAGAAGCAAGUUCCAGCUUCUCUGGAGUUGGAUUCUACUGCCAAGUGCUGCGGACUGAUCCAAGAGGAGUACAUGCUCGUAGUUACCGGUUACCCUGUACCAGCCAAUGGCGACAAAACCAAGGUCGUCGCCCAGGCUAAAGCGGAGCUUGAGAGCCACUUCAAAUUGAAGAAGGAUCAAAUCACAGGAUAUCGGUCAGUCGGUAGCCAGGACGUACACCUCACUACUUGCAAUCUCGACGUUUUUGCCAAGAUCCGGGAUGCUACAAACGACUUCACACGACCAUUGAUGAUCAACUAUGGCCCAAUACAGCAGUUGGCUGAUGGUCUUGACGACAACGAUACGAACGAGCGCGAUGACGAAGGUCGCGAUGCCGAUGACGAUGCCGAUGACAACGCCAACAACGACGCCAACAACAAUACCAACAACAAUACCAAUGACGAUGCCAGUAAUGAUGAAGAUGACCGUGACGAACAUGAAGACAGCGGAGAGGAGUUGAGUGCUGGAGAUGAUGAUGAAGAUGACGAGGAUUUUGAGGAUGCCCCUAGCGAUCCAACGGUGCGCCACAGCGGACAACAUCAAGAUCGCCCCACCAUGACUGAAGCAGGUUUCAGGAUGAUUACUUUCCACACGACGCAGUCCAAGACUCCAAACAAAGUGUAG